GAGAGUACAGUCGUGCCGCGGCCUCCAUAGAGGGAGGUUUAUACAGUCCGUGUCUUUCGCGACGCUCCGUUUAUAAGAAAGUUGUGAACCGCGUGUUCUGUCUUGUCUCAACAGUGGAAUACGAAACGAUGUUGUGAUACUUGCUCAGACAAUCGUGAUGUCACGGGAUUAACGAAAAAUUGCCUUGAAUGUGGAGUAAAAUCUCGCAACUCGAUCGUGGGCCGAGCAACAGAUGUGACGUCGCGAGACGUGCUCUUUAUAUUUAGUUGCCCACGAUUUCCUCGGUUGUUUCUUCGUAACUCACGUACAUGUAUUUCGUUCUUAUAUUCUUGUCGGUUCAACGAUCGCCACGAUUGUAUAUUCGGUGACGUAAUAUGGCGCGAACGAAAAUGUAUCAUGGACGUCAGUGACAUAGAGGGAUUGUUGAAUUUUUAAACGUUUGCCAUAGAUAAAAGCCUUGAAAGUCGAUUCGGUUAUAUUCUGUUUUCAUUCGCGACCUUUAUUCGUUCCUUUAUGACGCGAUCUCGCUCGUAUGUGUCACAAAAGUGAAGAGGAAAAAACAGAAAAUACAAAAAAGCGAAAGUGAAGAAUCGCGCAAUUAUAUUUAACGACAUUGUUAGCCAUAUUUGGUGCUUGCCGAACGAGCCUAUCUCAAGGCCCUCUACCUGCGACUGGGAGGACUAUAAGGACACGAGCGCCUUUUUUAUUUUUUGAAGAAAAGAGAAGCACAGGAAGAAUUCCUUUGUCCUCGAAAGGCAGAGUGGUGAAGCUAGUGGACGAGAACCGGCGAACGAAACGACCGUGUGGUUGGAAGAGAAAGAGAGAAAGAGAGAAGGGAGCACAGCACGCGGUCGAGAUUCUACCUUGUCGGACGUGUUAUAUCUGGCGUGCGUAAGAGUGAGACGGAUAGUGAAAACGAGACUCGUAGCAUCGGUGAACGUCAGCGCGUUGCCAACGGCAAAGGGCAACAACCACACCGUGAACACAGAGUAUGGCGUGCUGUUAGCCAAGGCCAGGUCGAAUCGUACAUUUUCAAUCGACAUUGACCUUGUUUGCUUCUCUCCCGCGAUCCACGAGAAUUUUCAACCGAUACACGUGCGCGUUUCGGUGUAAUGUUUCUGGUUGAUUAGCGUUAGCUCGUUCGAUCCGUGCCGAGUUUGCGUGUGCCCUUUACCGUGAAUCGUGUCCGAGGAUGGAACGACGAAGAUUACCGGAUGCCAUGUUGGUGCUGGUCAGAGCAGCUGUUCUAGCAGCUGUCUUGGGAUUGUUCCUGGGAUCGAGCCAUGCAAGUCGGCCUGCCGGUGCGCAUCCCGGCCACGCGUACUACGAGCAACCUUGCUGCGGACGCUCUCACCUCAGGCAUCAUAAAGAACACGUGAGGGAGUUCAGCUGCGGGAUGCUGUAUUACAGGACCCUGUACCUGGACAGCAAGAGGGACGCUCUAUACGUGGGCGCGAUGGACAAAGUGUUCAGGCUGAAUUUGAGCAACAUCAGUCAUUCUAACUGCGAGAGGGACGCGCUUCAUCUGGAGCCGAGCAACGUGGCAAAUUGUGUGUCCAAAGGGAAAUCAGAGCACUUCGACUGCCGGAAUCACAUAAGGGUGAUCCAGCCAAUGGGGGAUGGAAAUCGGCUGUACAUGUGCGGCACGAACGCCCACUCGCCUAAGGAUUGGGUGAUUUAUAGCAAUCUGACCCAUUUACCUCGCCACGAGUUCGUCCCAGGCGUGGGAAUGGGCAUAGCUAAGUGUCCUUACGAUCCUGCGGACAAUUCGACGGCCGUGUGGGUGGAAAAGGGAAAUCCUGGGGACCUGCCAGCUCUUUAUUCCGGAACCAACGCCGAAUUCACGAAAGCCGAUACCGUAAUCUUCCGCACGGAUCUGUACAAUUUAACGACCGGUCGGAAGGCGUUCAGCUUCAAGAGGACGUUGAAGUACGACUCGAAAUGGUUGGACAAACCUAAUUUCGUGGGAUCUUACGACAUCGGCAGCCACGUAUUCUUCUUUUUCCGCGAGACGGCCGUGGAAUACAUAAAUUGCGGGAAAAGUGUGUAUUCCCGCGUGGCGAGAGUUUGCAAAAGGGACACAGGCGGCAAAAAUAUUCUCUCGCAAAAUUGGUCGACUUAUCUGAAGGCAAGGUUGAAUUGCUCGAUACCAGGCGAAUUUCCAUUCUACUUCAACGAAAUACAGAGUAUUUACAAGGUGCCAGGCGAUGACACUCACUUUUACGGUACUUUUACCACGUCGACGAACGGAUUGAUGGGCUCGGCGAUUUGCUCGUUCCAUAUCGACGCGAUUCAAGAGGCGUUCCGUGGAAAAUUCAAAGAACAGGCGACGAGCAGCAGCGCCUGGCUUCCGGUGCUCUCCAACAAAGUUCCUGAACCGCGGCCCGGUCAAUGUGUGAACGACACUGAAACGUUCCCGGACACGGUCCUCAACUUCAUUCGAUCCCAUCCCCUCAUGGAUUCGGCGAUAUCGCACGAGAAUGAAAAACCCGUCUUUUAUAAACGGGACGUGAUGCUCACACGAUUGGUCGUGGAUAAACUGCGUAUCGAUUUCGUCGGCCUCGAUUUGGAUUACACUGUCUACUAUGCUGGAUCAAGUGAUGGACGCGUGCACAAAGUUGUUCAAUGGAUAGACAAUAAUGGGGAGUCCCAGUCUAUCUUGUUGGACGUUUUUGACGUGACACCAGGCGAGCCGAUCCAGGCGAUGGAAAUCUCGAAGGAGCACAAGGCUCUUUACGUAGCUUCUGACCAUCGAAUAAAGCAGAUAGACUUGGUGAUGUGCACACGAAGAUACGACAAUUGCCUUCGUUGCGUUCACGAUCCUUACUGUGGAUGGGACAAGGACACGAACACGUGUAAACCUUACGAGCCUGGGCUCCUUCAAGACGUGUCGAACAGCACGGCGGACGUUUGCGACAGUAGCGUGGGCAAACGGAAGCUGGUAGUCACCUGGGGCCAGUCGGUGCAUCUCGGUUGCUUCGUGAAGAUGCCGGAAGUGUUGGCGAAUCAGGAAGUCAGAUGGUACCACUACAGCAAGGAGAAAGGGAGGUAUCAGAUAGCUUACAAGUACGGUGCCGGAGGGGACAAGUUCAUCGAGACGUCCGAGAAGGGCCUGGUGAUCGUCGGCGUGAACGAACAGGACGCCGGAAGAUACGAUUGUUGGCUAGGUGGUUCGCUACUGUGCUCUUACAACAUCACCGUGGACGCGCAUAGGUGCUCGGCGCCAGCAAAGUCUAACGACUAUCAGAAGAUAUACUCGGAUUGGUGCCACGAGUUCGAGAAAUACAAGUCGGCAAUGAAGAGUUGGGAGAGGAAGCAAGCGCAAUGCGCAUCGAGGCAAAACGACAGCAAUCAAAAUCUCCACACGAACGAGGUGUACGGCACCCCCUUGGUCUGAUGGAGCCGAUCGUUGGAGCCCUCUUCGAGCCGAGAUCCGGACACACUGCCACGCACGAGCGUCCUGCCGAGGAAUCGCGGUCCAUCCACGAUCAGUUGGACGAGCCUCACUCUCCUUCUGACCGGUUACACCACUGCCUUUGUACUUUUUGCCGCUGACGAUUUUUCGUCCCAAUGAAAUGUCGUGAAGAAGACAGAAAAAAGAAAAAAAGAAAAAAAAAAGAGAAUCAAGCAGUCGAAUGUCCGAAAACAGCUCGAUCACUGCGACGUCCAUCCUCGAUCGGUUGGACGAGCCUCGUUCCAACUGUUCACAUCCCCUCACCUGGAACGUUUCUUUCGAUGGACACUCCUUUUCGACCCAAUCGAACCGGAUUACCCGAGAAUACUCACAACAGAGAUUACUCGCAAUCUGAAUUCUGUCAGUACAACGAGGUUGUUUUGUCCAAACGCGCGGUAUUCACGAAAACCCAUUAUUAAACAAUCCCGGUGUAAUACAUACCCAUGCAGGGCCGAGCAUUCCUGGAUAAAAUCCGUUUUUCCGUUUUCUUUUUUCGGAUGGAUCGAACAUUUUCUCCUCAUUCGUGUGUAAAUAGAAAGACACGGUGAAAGGAAGUGAGAAUACGAUUCCAGGACGUGGAUCGUCUCGAGAGAAGUGCGCUUAAAGUGCGAACGAAGGAAUGGAGACGCGCCUCGGACCGGAAGAGGAAACAAUCGUGGACUGUGCUCGCCCAUAAUACACACAUGCAUAUAUAUAUAUAUAUAUAUGUAUAUUAUACACACACGGUUCCUAAAAGUUUCGUUUCUCACGUGAUUUCGUGUAAGAUUGUCCGAGAUGAAGAGGGAAGAACGAGAGAUCGGGGAAGAAAAUUAAGAGAUCGGCCGUGGUGAUCGGAAGGCUGUUCGGUUGAAAUAAGGCUCGAAUCGUGGCGUCCGUCCGCAAAGUAACCCGUUUAGAAACCGGAAAUCAAUCCUCCUGUUUCCUUAGAUCUGUGAUACGAACGAGACGAAACGAGAGAAAGAGAGGAGAGGCUUCUCGAACGAGCGAACGGGUUCGGUUGGUCGCUUUGCCGGGUUAACUUGCGAGGUUACUAAUACAGGAGCGAAAUACAAGAGGCGACGAGAAGAGGGAUAAGAUAUACCGUAAGCUCGAGCUUCAACGUAGUUUUAACCGAGUCAAGAUUGAUAAGAUCUUGUAUUGUGCGAGUUAUGUUGUAUCGAUUCGAUAUGAUGGAGAAGGAGAGAAAGAGUUGAGAGAGGAGAGAGAGAGAGAGAGAGAGUGGGACGCGUUUUUUUUUUUUUGAAGAAAAACGUCACGCAGGUUACACAUGAGAUUAUUUAACGGCUGCUGCUGGAUUAGCUUGUCAGCUUUUCAUAUCAACAAAUUCGCGUUGUGCACCGCCGUCUCUGUCUUCGGAUCCGCACGAUUCCUUUCUUCGCCUUGACUCGACGUGACUUCGUUUUUUUUUAACCUCGUCAACUGUGUUUUCUGUGUUUCCUCUUUUUAUUAUUAUUAUUAUUUUAUCUUAUUUUUAUCAUUUUUUUUUCUUUAGGAUAAAUGCGUCGAUCGAUCGAUGCGCUUUUGUUCCUCGCUCCAUAGAUUAUAGAAUUGCAGUUAUAUUUCAGCGACUCUGAUGGAAUGUCUCGAAAGUUUAACGUUGAAUUUAGUUUUAUUAUUGGACGUCGUUAUUAUUUUUCGAGGAUGAUAUAGAGAGAAUUUCUUGAUUCUGGUUUAUAAAAUGGUAAGUGGUAAAUUUUUUUAAACAUUUUCUUUUAUUUCGUUUCUAAACACCUGCAAGAAUAUUGGAAAACUUAGAAAAUUAGGAAUAUUUAUGAAUAUGUAACAAAAUUUGAUUAUUUUAUUUACGAAUAAUUAUUUUAAAUAUUUAGAUAAUUUUAGAAACUGGACAAGAUUCAAUUUCACCAGAAUCGCUAUAAUAAAACUCGAAUUUACAGACAUUUACUAGAUCAUCCAACGAUACCAACUGUUACCAUAAUCAUCAUCGAGAAUUCUAAAGGUGCUACGCAGGUGCGUGAUGGAGAUCUUUAAGGCCUGUCAUCCUUAUAUCCUUUAUACACUCAUCGAAACUUAUACAGAGAUACAUAGAACACAAACACGUAUAUACAAAAAAAGAAAAAGAAAAAAAAAAUACUCUUAUACAUUUAGAAUACAAAUAGAAGAAAUAUACACAAAUUUCUCGUACGAAUCUAUUCAGCAUCCGAUUUUUACAUUUGCUCGAGUUUUUGCACGAGUGUCGUCUCGGAUGCCAAAGAUUCGAAUGAAGAAAAAGAAAAAAAGAAAAAUAUCUUCGUAUAUACCUCUGAGCCUAGAGAAUAGAGUAAUCCUGCUCGACGAUUUUUGCCAGAUCGAAUCGGAUCUCGAUCGAGCAAGAAAUCGUUAAACAAAUUCGAGACAGUUUCGAAAUCAUCGCGGAUCGAUGCUCGGAUGUCUCGUCUCGAGCAAUGUGCAGCUUCGACAAGAUGAAAAAUGUCGGCGGGCACACGUUUCUUUUCGUUCCUUUAUUCGAUCGUGUCGUUCGAUUAACCCUUUGAGAUUUCAAUAUUUUCACGCUAAUAGGAUAAAAUUCUUCGUUUGAAAGUUAUCCAUAAUCGAGAUACGUUUUUUUACAUCAUUUUCUCUUGAAUAUUAAUCUCUUGUAUCGUAGUGAACUUGAUUCUCUAAUUAAUCGCAAAUAAAUAAAUAAACAAGCAAUUAUAUUUUAUAAUGAAAUGAUACAAAAUUUAUAAAAGUUUAUAACGAAUUUUUUUUCUUUUAAGACAUUUUUUAAAAUAACAAAUUGGGCCCAUGUGUACCCAAAAUCUAUCGAAUUCGGUUCGAAAACGAAUCGCAAAGGGUUGAAAUAACACGAUCCACCGAUCUUAUUCUCCCUUUGUAUAUCUAUAAUAACGCGUAUCAGCGUUUCCAACGCUCGAUUAAACGUAUUAGAGUCGUUUCUCUUCCGGCCCGAGGACGUCUGUGUGUACAUAGGAUCGUCAUAAUAGCGUAUGGUAUUUUUAUAAAAAUUCUGAUCGGAACGACGCAAUCGUAGACCGCGAGGAAUAUAUUAGCGUUCCCCAUUCUUCGCGCGAGAUAAUUUCCUUUCACCUUCUCUAUUUUUUAUCUUAUCACAGACCCCCCUCCCCUCCCCCCUCCGUCUCCCUCUUCCUUCCCCCACUCUUUUCCCAAAACGACACUUUUAGUAUUUUAAAUCUUUUUUACGAAAUCGUAUCGUAUAUUUACACGUAGAAUUAGUUUAUACCUUAUAUUUUAAACAUAGGGACACGGGGAUCGUCGGGGGGAUAUAAUAUAUAUCCCCUCGCACGAUCGCCUCUACCAACAGAGAUGGAUGCUAACCGGUGCUGUAUUAAACAAUUCGUGGAACGGUCGCUGUUUCCUGAAGACCCAGUUCGCCAUCGUUAGUAUACAUACGUGUAGGCUAUAAAACAUAGACCGUAGCAAGGUGAUGACGCAUCUUUGGUUUUGUGUGUGUGUGUGUGUGUGUGUGUGUAUGCGUGUGCGUGGACAUGAGUGUAUUACUUGUGUGCGUGUACGUACGGAUUUAAGUUCCCUCAAAGGCGAAGAACGACGAUCAGGAUGAAGCAAAACGAGAUACGACGAAAAUAUAAAAGGAAAAGAGAGAGAAAAAAGAAGAGGUAAAUAUAAUAAGGUGAAUAAAGAGAAAGAGAUAAACGAAUAAUAAUAUUAAUAAUAAUAAUAAUAAUAAAAAAGGAAAACACCGACGGCACGGUGUCGUCGGUGAUAGUUUCGCUCUUGCCCUUAAGUUUGUACAUAAAACUCGUUCGUAUUGUUGCGUGGUUCGCGUCGCGGCCGCCAGAGGUCCGCGAGUCAGUCCUCCUUCCUCUGUUCGGACCGGAAGUACGAGGACCGUGGACUAAUCGAGACCGUGGAAUGCGAGCGAACCAUUUAGUUAUUCUUGUACAGAGAUUUGGAACCGCCGCGUUCGACGAUUUUCUGUUCUGUAUCUAUCAUCUCGUCGCCGGCAUACAAAGAUACACUGUCAGAUAGUAAGAGAUGAAAGAGAUAGAGUGAACGAUAGCUUGACGCGCGAGAGAGAGAGAGAGAGAGAAAGAAUGAAGAGAUAUAUAAAUAUAUAUAUAUAUAUAUGAAAAGGAAAAAAGAGAAAUGAAAGAUCGUAGGGACGUAAGGUUAAACACAAUAAUCGGUAAAUUAAUCCUCGAAUAUGUACUUAUUAUGAGCUUCAAACAAGUAUUGGAUAGUAUUAUGUCGUAAGAUUAAGGAGUAAUUUUCGAGCGAAAUAAGAAGAUGAAUCUUGAAGGGGAAUACUUUAGACUGUGUGUCCUAUGAUCGAUAAGUUCAAGAGUUGCCUUCAAGACGAUCGGAGAGAAAACAGUUUCUUUUCCUUUGGUUUCGAUCCACACAGAAACGUGUUCUAGGGGAGGGGAGGGGGGGAGGGGAUUUGUUAUAUGCGUUCGAGCACACGGAGCAAUCAGCGUGACGUGGAUGCGAAUAACGAGAAUCUAAAUGACGAAGAGAGAAUGAAAGGGAAUGAGGCUGUAUAGAGUGUGUCGUGACGAAGCGAUAUACGUAUAUAAUAGCGAUGUGUCGUAUCGUCUGUGGAAAAUUAUACGAAGAGAAGGGAGGAUAUGGAAGAUGAAUGAUAGAGAGAGCCGGUGAGAAAAAGUAAAUAGCGAGAACGAGAAACAAAAAGAAAAAAAUAAAUAAACGCAGAGAAUUACUAAGAUAUACAAUGUAUAUAUCUUAUACCAAGAAUCUCGCGUGUAUUCGUCGAAGAUUGAUGGGGGAAAUACGAUCAAAUGACAAAUAUUCGAAUGGCAAAGGGGAUUAAAAGCAAAUCGAACAAUUGAAAAUGACGCGGAUCUCGACGAAUGCGCGUUCAGACUCUGGAUUACGAGUCGGCGUGAUCACGGAAAGCAAUCUAAGAUGAACUUAACGUUGUUAGAUAUAUUAUUUGUAAUAUUAUCGGAGUACUGUAUAUUGCGUGGACAGGAUCGUUGCUGUUGGAUCACGGAGGGAGUUAGAAUGACGAGAAUUCUCGUAAAUAGAUUCGGAUGAAAGAUGAUUACAAGUAGAGGCGAAGUUAGGCUACGUAAGGUGUGAGAGUGAACAUCUGAAAACCGGCUUGGGGACCAUCGCGUUUGAGGAACUCUCUCGAUUCGAUCUAACAGUCACGUUCGUGCCAACACGAAGAUAGGUAAUAGCUCGAUUUAGUGUACGCUGUGCGAAAAAAAAUGGCGUCUUUGUGACGACAGUUACUUGAGAUAUAUGAAAGAGAGUAAGAAAGUGCGAGAGAAUAAAAAAUAUAUAUAUAUAGGGAGAGUGAGAGAGAGAGAGAGAAAGAAAGAAAAGCGAGAAUGCUCUAAAUGAAACACUUAACUAUGAUGACUUAUUACUACGAUACAAGGAGGAGAGUAGGGUAGCCGGUAACGACUAAUUCAAAUAUAUCAUUAGGACUAGCCGACGACUGUCUUAGGUUCUCUAGAUUUCUGUACGGAAUCGAUUUUUAUUUUCUGGUGAACGUGGGAGGGGAUGGGAGGGUGAUUUACCGAAUUUUUGUUUUUUCUUUUUAAAACACGCUUCUUUCGUCGUCUCUCCGCCAUCUUUUGUAAACGUGACCACGUUGAAUUCACCUCGUUGAAUUUUAGUGUUCUUUUCUUCUCCUUUUCUUUUCACAUUACGUUUUUUUUUUAUAUUUUGCGCAAUAUUAAUACUGUCUUCUCUGUAAAAAAAAAAUACAUUUCGAUUUUAACGUCGUUUCGUAACGACAAUCUCCAUCGAUCAUGAUAGAGAAAUUCCGCGAGAGAACGAACAAGAGUGAGAGAGAGAAAGAGAAUGCUGCGUGAGAUUAAUCAUUUUCGUAUUCCAUAGAAUUCGUUUCACGUCAUCAUCGAGUUAUUAUUUUUACCGUCCUUGCCAUAUUCAGUUUCGUCUUUUAUCCUCUCCUUUGCCUUUUGUUUGUCUUUUUUCCCCUUUUUUUCGUACUUUUUUAUAUUGUACUCGUCCCUCUCGACUACAGCGAUCAAGGGUAGAAAAUAGAGUUGGACGAAAGUACAUCGUGAAUCCGAGAAUUCCCUUUUUAUUUUCACGAGAGGAAGAAAUUUAUUUCAAAUCAAAAGAGGCGUGGCUCGUUUCGAAACUUCUUUCGCCUUCUCCUCCGAUCGUCGGAGUACGAGUAUUCUUCCGUUGAUACUCGCUCGAAACGUUCUGUUCGAAUGGCAAUGAUGCAUGUAACGCGAUUAAGCUUAUAUUCGUUUUUUUCCCUCCCCCUCCUUCUUUUUCUCGUUGGAGAAAAAGAAACGUUACACGCGCUCUGUUAUCGAUUAAAUUUGCUACCGUUUUCGUGCCAAUUCAGUCGAAUUGACGCGCUCGGAAACGAGGAAAAUUUCACGUGCGAGCGAGUAUCGAGGAAUUUUAUCCCUUUUCGUUCAUUUUUUUUCCCCCUUCCCCCGAAUUUUUACGCUAAUUUUAAUUGUAUCGAUUUGGAUAAUCUUUUAUUAAUCGACGUCGCUCCCUUAUGAUUUUAUUAGGAUAGUUUAUUUGAAUUUGUUGAUUCUUUUUUCUAAUUUUCUUAUUUUCUUUGGAUUCACGCUGCACUUGCGCCACCUAUGAAUAAUUCACACGUAUCUACGCGUCCGCGCGAUUAUCAUCAAGUUGAACACACGACUGUAGACACUCUUUUUUAGUUGGAAACAACUUCGUACGGUAAGAGACCCUUUAGAUAUUCACCUAAUACCUAAACCUAAACAUCCAAUCGCUAUUUUUAUCAAAAAAAAAAAAAAAACAUGUUAAAAAUCUUUAAUAGUUAUCCAUUGUUCACUAUUGCUAUAAUAAAGUUUUGCUUUAAUAAACGA